AUGGCGCAGCAAAUGGGGGAUCUGCAGAAAGUCCUCAACCUCAUCGCCGAGGCCUCCACAACAUAUUCCCGUAGUCCUAGAUCUGAUAGAGGGCUGCGGGGUCGCGGGGCGGCGGCGGCGGCCCCCGGGGCUGCGGGGCCGCAGCGGGGAGCCGCACGAGGCAGCAGCGGCGGCCCCUGGGGCGGCGGGGCAGAGGGGCGGCAGCGGGGCCGCGGGGUAGGGGCGCAGAGGGGUGGCCGCGGGGCCGCGGGGCAGCGGCAGGUGGCCGGGCGAGGCGGCGGCGGGCACCCGCGCGGGGCGUCGGCAUGCCGCGGUGCCGCGGCGUGGGACCUCGCUCGGGGGCGGCGGUGGGGGCCCGCGGCGUGGGACCUUGGGGCGGCCGCGGGGGCCCGUGGGACGGCGGCGGGCCGCGGGGCGUUGGCAGGCCGCGAUGCCACGGCAUGGGAUCUCAGGGCGGCGGCGGGGGCCCGCAGGGCUAGUGCCGGCGGGCCGCGGGGUCGCUGGGCAGAGGGGCGCGCGGCCGCGGCGUGGGACCUCGGGGCAGAGGGGGGCGCGGCCGAGGGCCGCGAGGCCGGGGGGCAGAGCCGCGUGGGGCAGCGGCGGCGGCCCCCGGGGCAGCGGGGCAAAGGGGCGGCCGCGGGGCCGCGGGUCAGAGGGGCAGCUCCGGGGCCGCGGUGGAGAUGGGGCGCUAGGCUAGGGGCGGCGGCGAGGCGCGGGGGCGGGGGCUCGAUAUGCUGCGGGCGUAGAAGACAACCAAAUCGAGGGGAGGCCGGUACUUAG